AUGAUUUUGAUUGGACGUACGCCUUACGCGACAUGUCAAACCGCAGCGAAUGUAAAGGCUCUUAGAACAAAACUGUUCACCACGGAUGGAUACGAACCUAGAGUGCGACCCAUUGACGACCAGUCGUUGCCAAUAGCAAUAACCGUAGACCUUUAUCUACUCGCCAUUAAUGAUCUGAGUGAAGUCAGUGAAACGUUGAAAACAACGGCAUUCCUAGGUCUCGAAUGGGAAGACGCGUUUCUAAGAUGGACUCCGGCCAGUUAUAAUAAAACUGAGUACGCCUUUUGGCCACAGGUUGAAAUGGUUGGUGGAUCGAAGGGAAUCAUCAUGGACUACUACGAAGCAAAUUCGGGUUGGGAUAUAAUUGACUCCAGUUGGAGUGUUGAUACAGAAACCGGUGACAGCACCAUAAACUUUUCCAUCAGACUACGACGCAAACCACUGUACUUUAUGCUGUCUGUUAUCUUCCCUAUCAUAGCACUAGCCAUUUUGAACCUCUGUGCUUUCCUGUUGCCGAAUGAAUGUGGAGAAAGAGCAGGCUACGCCAUAACGGUGUUUUUGGCGUUCGCUGUCUUCCUUACCAUUGUUUCUUCAUCUUUGCCACAAAAUUCUGAAUCUGUGUCAUUGGUUGCGAUCUUUCUCAUUAUCCAAACUACCUGCAGCACAUUGAUAACAAUCUUAGUACUGGCCCUUCUGCGCCUGGGUAGUUUUGAUGAAAAAGAUGAAAAGGUUGCCGUUCCUCGUGUUCUGACUUUCUUAAUGCGAAAAUUGAAAUGGAAAUCUCGAUCCAAAUGUUCCAAGGUAGAAACGGAAAAAGAUGGCAAAAUGCAUGACUCACAGAGCUCAUUGCCGGAUGCGUCCGAGUCCAAAGUGUCCAGGAUAGAAAUGCCGACACAAUUGCAUGAAAACAGAUUGUUUAAAGAGGCUUCUACUGUUGACGAAUUCUCGUGGAAAGAAGUCGUCGUCUUUCUGGACGUCGUGCUAUUUGUGAUAUUUGCAAUCAUCCUCACUACAUCGUUGCUUGGCUGUUUAGUAGGAGCCCAACGAAACGCUGUGAAUUGA